AUGGCAGUCCUAAAAGUGACCUUCACCAAGACCAAACGGAACAAACUCGCCCAGGCUUUGUGGGUGCUAAACUGGGUAUCAGUGAUUACCGGCCUCAUCCUUUUCAGCUUGGGCCUCUUUUUAAAAGUGGAGAUUCAAAAGAGGAGAGAGCUCAUGACCGACGAGAUCUACUCAGUGCCAAACAUGCUGAUGACUGUGGGUCUGGCUGCCUGUGCCAUCAACUUCCUGGGUGCUAAGAUCUGCUAUGACUGUGUGGAUGUUGUGAAGUUUCUGCAGUGGAAGUUAUUAAUGCUUUCCUAUAUUAUAUGUACGUUCAUCUUCACCUUCGGUAUUCUGGUGGGAGCUCUGAUGUGCUACACUAUGCGUAUUGACCUGGAAGAGUCUUUGUUUUUGGGUCUGCGGGACGCCAUGCGCUUCUACAAGGACACAGAUACGCCAGGGCGUUGUUACAUCAAGCUUACUAUUGACCUCCUGCAGAUCCAGUUCCAGUGCUGUGGUAAUGAUGGCCACAGAGACUGGUUUGACAUCCAGUGGAUCAGUUACAGAUACUUAGACAUGACCAGCACUAAAGUGAUGGACCGCCAGAGAAGCAAUGUUAGAGGAAAGUAUCUUUUGGACAGUGUGCCCUUCAGCUGCUGUAACCUGUACUCACCGAGGCCUUGCAUCCAGCACCAAAUCACCAACAGUUCUGCUCACUACAACUAUGACUAUCAGACAGAUGAACUAAACCUUAACCAUAAAGGUUGCAGACAGGCUCUUCUGGAAUACUACACCCAGAUCAUGCAGUCCAUUGGCUUAAUUGUGCUCAUCAUCUGGCUCUUUGAGCUGUCAGUGCUUACUGGAGUACGAUACCUACAGACUGCCAUGGAGAACGUCCUGAGGUCAGGAAAUCCUGAUUCCGAGUCUGACGGCUGGCUUCUAGAGAACAGUAUUGCUGAGACGGCCCGCUAUAACUUUAAAAUUAUCAAGAACCUUGGCAAGUGUUACCAGGUGGACGAUGAUCCCAACAUUAAUGUCCCAACCACUAGCCAGCAUGCUCAGGACAACUUACCCACUCAACAGUCUGAGAUUCUCAUCACUACCUGA